AUGCAAAUCUCGCAAUUUUAUCCCUUGGAAUCUAAGCUGGUUUCAUCCAAGACGUGUCGAAUUGUCUUGACAUCAACCAUCUUUCACUUCAUAAAAACGGUCCGGUUCCAUAUAUACACCGUUUGGCUCUUUCUGAAAUCAGAUAUCCCUACCUUUAUCAUCCCGAGCUGUGUCUUUGGUCUCUGUGCCGCUGGAUCUAAUACUUUGACUUCAUCAUCGUCAGAUCUCACAUGGGCAAAACCUUCUCCCGUCCUCUCAAACAUACCUAAAGUCCUGAUGUUUGCAGUCCAGACUUGUCUGGUCUUCGACGUGGCCAAUCAAAGCAGCCCGGGCGCCGAACAAGAAGAUGCAAUCAACAAACCUUGGCGACCUAUCCUGGCAAAAAGGAUAUCCCGAACCGAUGCCAGAAAACUUUUACUCGCUGUCAUUCCCCCUGUACUCAUAUCGUCUUUUUAUCUCGGUGUGUAUAUCGAAACUUGCACGCUAUUUGUGCUCUGUUGGAUGUACAACGAUCUCCGCGGCGGCGAUGUUAACUUCUGGAUUCGGAAUUUACAUCUCAGUGUCGCGUAUUUCUUAUACAACUUGGGAAGUCUGAAAGUCGCUAUUGGGUCUGGAGGGAUUGUGAAAAUAGAAGGGUAUGCUUGGACUGCCAUGGUCAGUUUGGUCAUCUUCACUACCAUGCAUGUUCAAGAUAUGAAGGAUCAGGAGGGUGACAAGAAGAGGGGGAGAUGUACUGUGCCGCUGGUUGUUGGGGAUAGAGUGGCUAGAUGGAGUAUUGCCGUUCCAGUGUUUUUCUGGAUGGUGGUCUGUCCUAUGAUUUGGAGGUGUGGGUUGAUGGGCUGGGCGACUUGUACUGGAAGCGGUGGUGUGGUGGUUAUAAGACUGUUGUUGUUGAGAGAUGUUGAGGCGGAUAAGAAGACGUACACCAUGUGGGCCUCGUGGCUGACGGUCUUGUACAGCAUACCAAUCUGGCCAAGCGCUGGGAUAUCUUGUUAG